GCGAUCACUUCGUUGAAACGGAAAUAAAGAAUGAAUAUAAGGAGAGGAGCAACUGGUGACAUACCAAUGGAGUAUAAACAGACAAAAAUCGAUAACAGCUGUCAUCGGUCUGAAUACUUGACACGGCAGAGCAGGUCCUGCAUCCUUGUAGUUGUUCCGAAUGGAGUAUCGACGAGUGUUGAGGCAGCAAAUCACCCCGCGUCAUACCUAUAUCAUUUAAUGAUCAAGCGUAAAGAAUCGCGGAUGAAAGACCGACGUCAGAGGUUGGGUUGCCAUGGAUACUUCUACGAUCUUCUAUCCGCCGCAGCUUUUCAUAAUAUUGGGACGGAAUCCAACAGGGAUCUACCUAACGAGGACGGAGCAGCUUGCACAACGAAGAUCAAACGUAUGCGACAAAUUGUCAAUCAUAACUUGCGUAUGCCCGUGGACAGAUCCGGGGCUGACAAUGAGAGAGGAGCUGUGGAACCUCCGAUUCACAUCGCCAGUAAUUUGACUCAACAGUUGAGUCCUCUGCAGCGAACGCAACGUGUUGACAUGUUUCGACGAUGUGCCGGAUUUUUAACUAAUUUCGGGCUCUCGGAGCUAACGAAUAACAACGCCUGGAGGUCUCUGAAUUGUACCGGUCGAGCACCUGAGGAUACAAUUUCUCGGUCCUUUUCAACCUUCUAUGAACGCGAUGUUUUCUUCAUUUUCAGUCAAUCGUUCCUGUGUUAA